ACACUUAGCCUAGUUUAGCCCCGUGUCAGAAACAACAAAACACACAGCCAUCAUACGGGUCACAUGUUGCUUUUUAAAUUGCUACAUUCCCAUCUGCGUAUUUGUUCGAUAUUUAGGCGAAUCCCUGUCUCCAGAGGGGUGUAUAUCAUGGCAGCAGUGUUUCAGUAGCCAAACUGCUGACAGAAAGAGGUGAGCUUGUUGAAUUAGCGCGAGGUGAGCGAACUUCCUGAAUCUUGACUCACCGUUUUCCCAGGAAAGACGAGCGGGGACAGACGAGCGGUACAAACGACAAAAUAUAUGCUCAUAUCUCGGUCGUUAUUACACUCUCUAGACGUUUAGUCGGUUUUUUGCACUGAACAUUUGGCAAGAUAAGGACUUUAGUCUCAGAUAAAGCCUGUAGUUUUUCCACUCUGCGAAAAGCUUUAACAAUCGAAGAACAGCUUUGUCCUCGUUUAUCGCGUUUGUCGUGUGGAUCGUUUGAACCAGCUGUAGCAGAAUGGGGCUUCCAGGAGGAAUAACGUGUGUAAAAUACGUGAUGUUCAUCUUCAACCUUCUCUUCUGGUUGGCAGGUACAGGUGUAUUGGCUGUGGGUCUCUGGCUGAGGUUUGAUCCCAAGACUAGAAACCUGUUUGAAGGGGAAAGCUCUCCCUAUGUGUUCUAUACAGGUGUGUAUAUCCUCAUAGCUGCAGGAGCACUGAUGAUGGUGGUGGGGUUCUUUGGCUGCUGUGGAGCCAUUCAGGAGUCACCAUGCUUGCUGGGAUUGUUCUUCUUCUUCCUGCUGCUUAUCUUUGCAGUGGAAGUAGCUGCUGGAAUUUGGGGAUUUUCCAACCAGAGUAAGGUUGUUGAUGACAUCACUCAGUUCUACAGGCAAACAUACAGCAACUAUAAAGAGAACAAGCAAGAUGCUCUGAAAGAAACCCUUCGUCUAUUCCAGGAGAGGCUGAACUGCUGUGGACCCUCUAACACAGCGGAAGACUUGAAAAUUCUUGAAGGCACCUGCCCCAAAAAGGAUGGAUUGGAAACCCUUAUUAUCAAGAGCUGUCCUGAUGCUAUUGAUGAAGUCUUCAACUCGAAACUGCAUAUUAUUGGAGCUGUUGGGAUCGGAAUUGGUGUCAUCAUGAUCUUUGGGAUGGUCUUUAGCAUGAUGCUAUGCUGUGCCAUUAGGAAGACCCGGGAGAUUGUAUAAGGGCCUUUUACCUGGGAAACUGCCAGUGUAUUCAUGUUGCAUGAUAUCUGUCCCAAAGCACUCGCUCUAACCUCAUCAGCUAAGGGCCAAUUAGAUCACACUGACAGUCACUUACUCCAGACAAUGCUGGGGUUUCUUUUGUCUGAUUAGUGGGAAUUCACUCUUUUUCUCAGUGCAGCUGUAUGAUUGGUUUAGAUCAUGUGUAAUGAGCCAAUGGGUUUAGUUGACUUUGUCAAGCCCAUUGGAAAACAGCCUUCAAGUCUAACUUUUUAUAUUUUUUUAUCAUUCAUGACAGAUUUUAAAGAUGAAUUAUUGUUUGCUCUGUGGUAAUUGCUGUCUUGCUUCUAUUGAUAUAAACUGAUAUGAAAUUUUCGAAUGUUAUAUUUGUUUGUGAUUUUUAAAUAGGGUUAUUUUGAUGUAUCACAAUCAAUGCACAUGGCUCAAAUAAAUGCCAAAUACUCUA